CCACGUGUCCGGGUCUCGCGCCCGCCCCGGCCCCGCUUAUAACCCGGGAUCCGCGCUGCAAGCGGCCCUGCUCCGCCGCCACCGCCGGACCCGAGUGGUUCGCCAAGCAGUGACGACAGAUUCCAGAAGCCAGGAACCCACACCUUCACCCAGACCAUGUCCGGCAAAGGCUCCGUGGUUCUGGCCUACAGUGGUGGCCUGGACACCUCCUGCAUCCUCGUGUGGCUAAAGGAACAAGGCUAUGACGUCAUCGCCUACCUGGCCAACAUCGGCCAGAAGGAAGACUUCGAGGAGGCCAGGAAGAAGGCGCUGAAGCUCGGGGCCAAAAAGGUGUUCAUCGAGGACGUCAGCAAGGAGUUUGUGGAGGAGUUCAUCUGGCCCGCCGUCCAGUCUAGUGCGCUGUACGAGGACCGCUACCUCCUGGGCACCUCCCUGGCCAGGCCCUGCAUCGCCCGCAAACAAGUGGAGAUCGCCCAGCGGGAGGGGGCCAAGUAUGUGUCCCACGGCGCUACGGGCAAGGGCAACGACCAGGUCCGGUUUGAGCUCACCUGCUACUCGCUGGCCCCCCAGAUUAAGGUCAUCGCCCCCUGGAGGAUGCCCGAGUUCUACAACCGCUUCCAGGGCCGCAGCGACCUGAUGGAGUACGCGAAGCAACAUGGCAUCCCCAUCCCGGUCACCCCCAAGAGCCCGUGGAGCAUGGACGAGAACCUCAUGCACAUCAGCUACGAGGCUGGAAUCCUGGAGAACCCCAAGAAUCAAGCCCCUCCAGGCCUGUACACAAAGACCCAGGACCCAGCCAAAGGGCCCAACACCCCUGACAUCCUUGAGAUUGAGUUCAAGAAAGGGGUCCCCGUGAAGGUGACCAACGUCAAGGACGGCACCACCCACCGCUCGUCCUUGGAGCUCUUCGUGUACCUGAACGAAAUCGCGGGCAAGCAUGGCGUGGGCCGCAUCGACAUCGUGGAGAACCGCUUCAUCGGGAUGAAGUCCCGAGGUAUCUACGAGACCCCAGCAGGGACGGUCCUUUACCACGCUCAUUUAGACAUCGAGGCCUUCACCAUGGACCGGGAAGUGCGCAAAAUCAAGCAAGGCCUGGGCUUGAAAUUCGCGGAGCUGGUGUACACCGGCUUCUGGCACAGCCCUGAGUGUGAAUUUGUCCGCCACUGCAUCGCCAAGUCCCAGGAGCGCGUGGAGGGGAAAGUCCAGGUGUCUGUCUUCAAGGGCCAGGUGUACAUCCUUGGCCGGGAGUCCCCGCUGUCCCUCUACAACGAGGAGCUGGUGAGCAUGAACGUGCAGGGCGAUUACGAGCCGAUCGAUGCCACCGGUUUUAUCAACAUCAACUCCCUGAGGCUGAAGGAAUAUCAUCGUCUCCAGAGCAAGGUCGCCGGCAAAUAGACCAGCUGACAAUGAGGCUGGGCCUCCUCACUUUGCCCAUCUCCCAAGCACAGGCGCUAAUUGUCGUGAUAAUUUGUAGUUGUGACUUGUUCUCCGGGGCGGGGCUGGCAGCCUCGUGGGGGUGCCAGGCCCCAGCUUUGUUCCCUAGUCCCCUGUAGCCUACAAAAGUGGUCAGUGAGGGGAAGGGUGGGGGGUGGCUAUGGUGGGGAGCUAUAAGAUGACAAAUAAAAAACAAGGUACAUUA